AUGCGGAUGUUGAGCCAGGUUGCCAGAUCCUCCCGCCUCGCCCGGGCGCUUGCAGCAGGGAGCCUCAGGCGCUUCUCGAGCUCCAGCAAGGUUGUCGGCUCCCCCGACGAAGCCAUUCGAGACAUCCGGGAUGGGGCCACGCUCUGCGUCGGCGGCUUCGGCCUUUGCGGCAUCCCCGAAAACCUCCUCGAAGCAUUGAAGAAGAAGGGGGUCAAGGAUUUGACAGCAGUGUCCAACAACGCCGGCGUGGACGACUUCGGCUUGGGCCUCCUGCUGCAAUCGAGGCAGAUCAAGCGCAUGAUCUCCUCGUACGUGGGCGAGAACAAGCUCUUUGAGGAGCUGUACCUAUCGGGGCAGCUGGAGGUUGAGCUUACUCCACAGGGCACCCUAGCGGAGCGCCUUCGCGCAGGUGGUGCUGGCAUCCCCGCCUUCUUCACGCGCACGGCGUACGGCACCGCGGUGCACGAGGGCACCAAUGUCAUCAAGUACGGCCCGGGCGGUGCAAAGGCCGGCGCAGUGGAGAUCAUGAGCGAGCCCAGGGAGUCCCGCGAUUUUGACGGCAAAGGCUUCGUCAUGGAGCGCGCCAUCGUCGGGGACUUCUCGAUCGUGAAAGCUUGGAAGGCCGACGAGCGCGGCAACCUGGUUUGGAAAGGCACGGCCCGUAAUUUCAAUCCCGACUGCGCGAGGGCCGGGAAGGUGUGCAUUGCCGAGGUGGAAGAGAUCGUGCCCGUGGGUGCCCUGAGUCCAGAGGAGAUUCACCUGCCUGGCAUCUAUGUGCACCGCGUUGUGCAGGGCCAGGGCUAUCAGAAGCGGAUCGAGAAGAGGACGAUCUCUUCUGCAGGUGAGAUCAAGGUGGACAAGCGGAGGGAGCUCAUCAUCAGGCGAGCAGCCAAAGAGCUGUCGGACGGCAUGUACGUGAACCUCGGCAUCGGAAUGCCCACGCUCGUGAGCAACUACCUAGAGCCGGGGGUGCGCAUUGAACUCCAAAGCGAGAAUGGGCUCUUAGGAAUCGGGCCCUAUCCAACGGAUGCCCAGGUGGAUCCGGACCUCAUCAACGCAGGCAAGGAGACGGUCACCAUGAUCCCGGGCUCCUCUCUCUUCUCUUCCUCUGAGUCCUUUGGCAUGAUCCGAGGGUCCAAGGUUGACGUGACCAUCCUCGGGGCCAUGGAGGUUGCUGCGAAUGGCGACCUGGCCAACUGGAUCAUUCCAGGCAAGAUGGUCAAGGGCAUGGGAGGGGCCAUGGACCUUGUCUCCUCCAACUCCAAGGUGCUGGUUGUCAUGGAGCAUGUGGCAAAGGGAAACAAGCACAAGCUGAAAAAGAGCUGUGACUUACCACUCACUGGCCAGAGAGUGGUGGAUCGCUGCAUCACGGACCUGGCAGUCUUCGAUUUCGUCACUGAAGGUCCCGAGGCACCUCCAACACUGGCUGAGAUUGCGCCAGACACGACCCUCGAUGCCGUCAAGGAGGCAACCGGCUUUGACUUCGCCGUUGCCGAGCCUUUAAAGACUAUGCUCGCUGACUGA